AUGUGUGCAGAGGGAGGUGGGCGUGCCGGCGCUUCCGGAAGUGGUGGUAGACUGUGGCGGUUGAUGGCGGCUGCGAUGGCGGCGGUGGCGGGCGGCGCGGCGGCCGGAGCGGCGCGUUCCCUAUCGCGAUUCCGGGGCUGCCUGGCCGGAGCGCUCCUCGGGGACUGUGUGGGGGCUGUCUACGAGGCGCACGACAGCAUUUCCAUGGCGUCACUGCUGAGUCACGUGGGCAGCCUGGAGCCCGAGCCCGGAGCGCCGGGGAGCGCGCGCACAGAGGCCCUGUACUACACAGAUGACACUGCUAUGACCAGAGCCCUGGUGCAGUCCCUGCUGGCCAAGGAGGCCUUCGAUGAGGUGGACAUGGCCAAGAGGUUUGCCCAGGAGUACAAGAAAGAUCCUGAUCGGGGCUAUGGUGCUGCGGUGAUUACUGUGUUCAAAAAGCUGCUGAACCCCAAAUGUAUCGACGUCUUUGAGCCAGCUCGGGCUCAGUUCAAUGGGAAGGGUUCCUAUGGCAAUGGGGGUGCCAUGAGAGUGGCUGGCAUCUCCUUGGCCUACAGUGACGCCCAGGACGUUCGGAAGUUUGCCCAGCUCUCAGCCCAGCUGACCCAUGCCUCCUCGCUGGGCUUCAACGGGGCCAUCCUCCAGGCUCUGGCUGUGCACCUGGCCCUACAAGGGGAAUUACCCCGGGAGCAGUUUCUCCAGCAGCUCUUGGACCACAUGGAAGAGGUGGAGAGUGAUGACCGGUCUCUGUCAGAAGCAAGGGAGCUGGGCAUGGGGGAGCGGCCAUACUCGAACAAACUGAAGAAGAUCGGGGAGUUCUUGGAGCAGGGCUUAAUGGCCAAGGAGGAAGUCUUGUCUGAGCUUGGGAACGGCAUUGCCGCUUUCGAGUCAGUUCCCACAGCCAUCUACUGCUUCCUGCGCUGCAUGGCUCCUGACCCUGCAAUCCCGGCCACCUUCAACGGCCUUCAGAGGACGCUCAUCUACUCCAUCUCCCUGGGUGGGGACACUGACACCAUCGCCACCAUGGCCGGGGCCAUCGCCGGGGCCUACUAUGGCAUGGAGCAGGUUCCGGAGAGCUGGCAGCAGAGCUGUGAGGGUUAUGAAGAGACAGAUGUGCUGGCCCGCAGCCUGCAUCAGCUCUUCAGCAAGGACCUGUGAGCACCACCACCGCACCUCCAGGCAGCAGCCCUUUGCCGGGAGCUUCCUACGCUUUACUGCCCUGCCCUACUGCAGCACGGGGUCCUGUGUGGUGAUUGGGAAGGGGAGCCUCUGUUCCAUUGGUGGAGGUAACUGCAGUGAGUGGUGGAGGCCUGGCCCUCUGCUGGCUGGGCCCAUCACAUGGCCAUAUCUGUGGCUCCCCCACCCCCAGAGCUUGCUUCUGGGGCCUCAGUCAGGAGACCUACGUGACUAAAGCAGGAGCAGGUUGGAACUGAAGGGAGACAUUUCUGACUCUUGGCAGGGAUGAAAGAUAAUUGAAACCAUGGGUCUGGAGAGGUAGAUGUGGUCUUCGGCAUCCCACUCCCUGUAGGCUUAGUCUCGAGGUUUGCUUUUCUGGACUAACCAAGCCUUACUCACUGGCCUGGGGACCCUGAGGGUCUUGGAGUUGUUAUUUGGGGGGACUUGGGCCCCAGAGCAGACUUCUUAGUUGAGGUCCCACUGGGUGUCAGCUCGAUUGGGGUGGGCCCCCACUACAGCUUUCACUGGAAAUCAUGCAGCCUCCCAAUAAAGUUGCUGGUCUCUUCCAAGCC